CCUCCCGGGCUCCAGUGCAGGUGCCGCUGCGCCGGGCGGGAGGCUGUGCGCCGAGCUGAGCUGAGACGCGGAGGGAUGGGGAGCGGGCCGCCCGGGCUGCAGGAGCCGCAGGAGCCGCGGGAGCACCGACGCUGGGCGUAGGCGGCGCGGGGCACUUUGAGAUAGGAUGAGGCUCCUGGCUGGCGCGCGGUAGUACUAUGAUUUGGUAUGUGGCCACUUUGAUAGCAAGUGUGAUCAGCGCCCGAGGUCUUGCGGCUCAAGGCGCCCACGGCCUGCGAGAGGAGCCCGAGUUUGUGACGGCGAGGGCCGGCGAGGGCGUGGUCCUGCGAUGCGACGUGGUCCACCCAGUGACAGGGCAGCCCCCGCCCUACGUCGUGGAGUGGUUCAAGUUCGGGGUGCCCAUCCCCAUCUUCAUCAAGUUUGGCUACUACCCGCCCCACGUGGACCCUGAGUAUGCAGGCCGGGCGAGCCUCCACGACAAAGCUUCCCUGCGGCUGGAGCAGGUGCGUGCUGAGGACCAGGGCUGGUACGAGUGCAAGGUGCUCCUGCUGGACCAGCAGUACGACACCUUCCACAACGGCAGCUGGGUGCACCUCACCAUUCACGCUCCUCCCACCUUCACAGAAACACCCCCCCAGUACAUCGAGGCCAAGGAGGGUGGCAGUGUUACCAUGACCUGCACGGCUUUUGGGAACCCCAAGCCCAUUGUCACCUGGCUCAAGGAAGGGACGCUCCUGGGUGCUAGUGGCAAGUACCAGGUUAGUGACGGCAGCUUGACGGUGACAUCAGUCAGUCGGGAGGACAGAGGUGCCUACACCUGUCGUGCAUACAGCAUCCAGGGGGAGGCCGUUCAUACCACCCACCUGCUCGUCCAAGGGCCACCCUUCAUCGUCUCGCCUCCUGAGAACAUCACUGUCAACAUAUCACAGGAUGCUCUGCUCACCUGCCGGGCGGAGGCCUAUCCUGGCAACCUCACCUACACCUGGUACUGGCAGGAUGAGAACGUCUACUUCCAGAACGACCUGAAGCUGAGGGUGCGGAUUCUGAUUGACGGGACCCUGAUCAUCUUCCGGGUGAAGCCGGAGGACGCGGGGAAGUACACCUGCGUCCCGAGCAACAGCCUGGGGCGCUCCCCCUCGGCCUCAGCAUACCUGACCGUGCAGUACCCAGCCCGUGUCCUCAACAUGCCCCCUGUGAUCUACGUGCCCGUGGGGAUUCACGGCUACAUCCGCUGCCCUGUGGACGCAGAGCCGCCAGCCACCGUGGUCAAGUGGAACAAGGACGGCCGCCCCCUGCAGGUCGAGAAGAACCUGGGCUGGACCCUGAUGGAGGACGGCUCCAUCCGAAUCGAGGAGGCCACAGAGGAGGCCCUUGGCACGUACACCUGUGUGCCUUACAACACCUUGGGGACCAUGGGCCAGUCUGCUCCCGCGAGGCUCGUCCUGAAGGAUCCCCCGUAUUUCACGGUGCUACCAGGCUGGGAGUAUAGGCAAGAGGCUGGCCGGGAGCUGCUCAUCCCCUGCGCUGCCGCUGGGGACCCCUUCCCUGUCAUCACGUGGAGAAAGGUAGGGAAGCCCAGCAGAAGCAAGCACAAUGCCCUGCCCAGCGGGAGCCUGCAGUUCCGCGCCCUGAGUAAGGAGGACCACGGGGAGUGGGAGUGCAUCGCCACCAACGUGGUCACCAGCAUCACUGCCAGCACCCACCUGACCGUCAUCGGCACCAGCCCCCACGCCCCGGGCAGUGUCCGGGUCCAGGUCUCCAUGACAACUGCCAAUGUGUCCUGGGAGCCAGGCUAUGACGGAGGAUUUGAGCAGACAUUCUCAGUUUGGUACGGACCUCUGAUGAAGCGGGCACAGUUUGGGCCCCAUGACUGGCUGUCCCUGCCCGUGCCCCCAGGACCCAACUGGCUGCUGGUGGAUGCCCUGGAGCCUGAGACAGCAUACCAGUUCAGCGUCCUGGCCCAAAACAAGCUGGGAACGAGCGCCUUCAGUGAGGUGGUCACUGUGAACACUUUAGCAUUCCCUGUCACAACUCCAGAACCCCUGGUGCUGGUUACCCCACCGAGGUGCCUCACAGCCAACCGGACCCAGCAGGGCGUGCUCCUGUCUUGGCUCCCACCUGCCAAUCACAGCUUCCCCAUUGACCGCUACAUCAUGGAGUUCCGCAUCGGAGAACGCUGGGAGAUGCUAGAUGAUGCCAUCCCUGGCACUGACGGGGACUUCUUUGCCAAGGACUUGUCACAGGACACGUGGUACGAGUUCCGGGUCCUGGCCGUCAUGCAGGACCUGGUCAGCGAGCCCAGCAACAUCGCCGGCGUCUCCAGCACAGACAUCUUCCCGCAGCCGGACCUGACUGAUGAUGGGCUGGCUCGGCCGGUGUUGGCUGGAAUCGUGGCCACCAUCUGCUUCCUGGCCGCAGCCAUCCUGUUCAGCACGCUGGCUGCCUGCUUCGUCAAUAAGCAGCGCAAGCGGAAGCUCAAGCGCAAGAAAGAUCCUCCGCUCUCCAUCACGCACUGCAGGAAGAGCCUGGAGUCUCCCUUGUCCUCUGGUAAGGUCAGCCCCGAGAGUAUCCGCACACUCCGCGCCCCAUCAGAGUCCUCCGAUGACCAGGGCCAGCCGGCGGCCAAGAGGAUGCUGAGCCCUAUGCGUGAAAAGGAGCUGUCCUUGUACAAGAAGACCAAGAGGGCCAUCAGCAGCAAGAAGUAUAGUGUGGCCAAGGCGGAGGCUGAAGCGGAGGCCACCACACCCAUUGAGCUCAUUAGCAGAGGCCCCGAUGGCCGCUUUGUGAUGGAUCCCUCCGAGAUGGAGCCCUCUGCCAAGACCCGGCGCAUAGAGGGCUUCCCCUUUGCCGAGGAGACUGACAUGUACCCUGAGUUCCGCCAGUCAGACGAGGAGAAUGAGGACCCGCUGGUGCCCACAUCUGUGGCCGCCCUCAAGUCCCAGCUGACUCCUCUGUCAUCCAGCCAGGAGUCCUACCUACCACCACCAGCAUACAGCCCUCGGUUCCAGCCCCGUGGCCUAGAGGGCCCUGGCGGCCUGGAGGGCCGGCUCCAGGCCACCGGUCAAACCAGGCCGCCGGCUCCCCGGCCCUUCCACCACAGCCAGUAUUACGGGUACCUCAGCAGCAGCAGCCCUGGGGAGGUGGAGCCGCCCCCCUUCUACAUGCCGGAGGUGGGCAGCCCCCUGAGCUCCGUCAUGUCCUCCCCACCCCUGCACGCCGAGGGGCCUUUUGGCCACCCCACCAUCCCUGAGGAGAACGGAGAGAAUGCUUCCAACAGCACGCUGCCCUUGACUCAGACACCCACCGGCGGGCGCUCCCCAGAGCCCUGGGGCCGGCCUGAGUUCCCCUUUGGGGGACUGGAGACCCCGGCCAUGAUGUUCCCCCACCAGCUGCACCCUUGUGACGUGGCGGAGAGUCUGCAGCCCGCGGCCGGCCUGCCCCGAGGACUGCCGCCCGCCUCCCUUCAGGUGCCUGCCGCCUACCCGGGCAUCCUGUCUUUGGAAGCACCCAAGGGCUGGGCUGGCAAGUCACCUGGCAGAGGCCCCGCCCCAGUGCCCACCACCGCCAAGUGGCAGGACAGGCCUGUGCAGCCUCUGGUGAGCCAAGGGCAGCUGAGACAUACCAGCCAAGGCAUGGGCAUACCCGUGUUGCCUUACCCCGAGCCAGCCGAGCCGGGGGCGCACGGCGGCCCCAGCACGCUGGGCCUGGACACCCGGUGGUACGAGCCCCAGCCCCGGCCGCGGCCCAGUCCCCGGCAGGCCAGGCGCGCCGAGCCCAGUUUACAUCAAGUGGUGCUACAGCCCUCCCGGCUCUCGCCUCUGACCCAAAGCCCCCUCAGCUCCCGCACCGGCUCCCCCGAGCUUGCCGCCCGGGCCCGGCCUCGUCCCGGCCUCUUGCAGCAGGCCGAGAUGUCGGAGAUCACCCUUCAGCCACCGGCCGCCGUCAGCUUCUCUCGCAAGUCCACGCCAUCCACGGGCUCCCCGUCCCAGAGCAGCCGCAGCGGCAGCCCCAGCUACCGGCCCACCAUGGGCUUCACCACUCUGGCCACAGGCUACCCCUCCCCUCCGCCGCCGCCGCCGCCGCCGCCGCCGGGCCCUCCGGGGCCCGCGGACAACUUGGAUGUGUUUGGACAGACGCCUUCCCCUCGAAGGAUGGGGGAGGAGCUGCUCAGACCAGAGCCUCCCCCUCCACCGUUACCUACUUCAGGGACACAUCCACCUGCACCUGGGAAUGCUGCUGUACCUGAGAGGCUGGAGGCUCUGAAAUACCAACGGAUAAAGAAGCCCAAAAAGUCAUCCAAGGGCUCCUCGAAAUCAAAGAAACGAUCCGGUCCUGUGGCCCGACGAAGCUGUCUGCCUCCGGAGGAAGAAGAGACAUUCCCGGCCCGACCCCUUUGCCCGCCUCUCAGAUUUGUGCCACCGCCAGCUGCCGGAAGACCAGACGGCGAUUCUCAGCAGUGUGGAGCACGACGACCCUGGCCACGCCACUCUGCUGUGACGCUGCCACUUAAAUGUGCCCCGAGUGAGGAUGCUCCCCAAGGGGCAAGGGCGGGAGAUGUGGGGCGAUGGGUGUGUGGGGCCUUGUCCUCCACUGCUGGUGGAGGGGUGGCCUGGCUGUUGGUUUCCAGGGCUACUCAGACCCUGGUUCUGCUUGUUCUCCCUCUGGCCUGAGUGGGCGUCUCCUCUGCAUCCUGGCCUGCUGGCCUUGUGUCCGGGACAGAGGGCUGGGGGCAGACUGGCUGCUGUGGGUAGAGCUCGGGAAGUGAACUGGGUAUGGGGGAGAUCUUCGCCCCCCACUCCUCUCUUCACUAGAUUGAUUUUUACCACCUCCUCAAGUAUCUCUGGAGUAAAGAAGAAGAAGCAGUGGCCUUUUACUGCUUCGGUUUCAGUUUCUCUAGUCCUGGAAGAGGGCUGGACUUCCCAUCGUCUUCCAGACACUACAUAUAUAUAUAUAGAUAUAGAUGCAAAUGCAUAUGCGUGUAGUUUGUGGGUUUCUCUAUGUGUACAUACGUACGUGGAGGCAAAGUGCCGUUUCCUUCUGUGGUCUACAGGCGAGGGAGGGAGAGGGAGGUGGGCAUGUGGGCUUUGUGAGCACAGCUGGUGAGAGCAGGCUGGGGACCUGGUGUCUGUCUCGGGUAUAGUUUCUACGGAAACAGGAUUCAUGCCUUCUUAGCCGAAUUCCCCAUUUGUCUCUACCUUCUCCCAUCCAGAGCAGAAGUGGGAGCUUGCCAUGGUCCUGCUGCCUGCUUUGGGAGCUCCACAGUGAGGUACCACAGAACUCAACACAGCUUUUCUUUAUGUCUUGGUCUUGGAUGAAGAAGGGUGGCCAGCUAAUGGCCAGACAAGCAUCUUUCUUCCUUUCAUGAUUUGUAGAUGUAGAAUCUGCUUAGCAGCAGGGCCAGGAGGUAGCCCAGUGCCCAGACUCAAGCUCAUCAUUAGCCUCUGUGGUCCAGCCAGGCCAGGAGCCCUGUGGCCGAGGGCCUACCGCCCCAGAGCCAUCUGUGCUGAGCACCCGGCGCCGCGGCUCUAUUUAUAUCCUGGCCUGGCUCCGCACCCUCUAGCGCUGUUGCAAAGCCCUGAUUGGAUCCCUCCUUUCCUUUUGUGGGAGCUAAUUCCCCAGAUUGAUUAAUUGCCACAUGCGAGGAGCCCGCCCGCUCCUUUCCCGGCUCCCUACGUGCUGCCUGUCAACUCUUCUUUGUCCCCUGUGGACCCAACCUCCCACAGGAUGGGAUCAGAUGAAGCUGGGGUCGGGGGGCAGAUUCUGGGUUCUGGGGGUGUUCUGGGGCUCCUCUCCCCCAGUUCUGUUUAUGUGGAACUGGCUGAGGCCUGGGAGUGAAGGUGGAAGGUGGGGGGAAGCUGGGCUCUCUCCUUUCUCUGCUGAAUUCUUGUCCUAACUCCAAUUCUUAGCACCCAGAAGCUCCUGUGAGCUAAUCUUAAAGCAACUAAAGAUGUAUCUCUCUCUUCCAGUAAGGCAAUGGUGCUGCCCACAACAGGGCAGGAGGCCUGAGUAUGGAUGGGGUGCGUCUAGCCUCUUUUCCUCUUGUGCAGGAGCCUGCCCUUUUGGCUGCUGAAAAUCAAGAUAGCUCUCAGUUUCCUCCAAGUACUUCUUUCUUGGUGCUGCUGUCUUGGUGGGUUUGGGGACAUCCCCUGUCCCCAGUAACCUGCUUGGAUGUUGGCCUGGUUGAAGCACUGGAGGUUUCUGUGGGUCUUGGCCAGUGACCCCAGUGAGGUGGUCCGAGAGUAGGGAGCGGCUCCUUAGGGAUGUCCUCUGCCAUGCAGACCCUGCCUGUGCUUCCUUCUCUCGCCCAGUGAGUGGGGACCAAUUCUACCCUUGGGGCUCUGCCUCACAAGUCACACCACCACAGUUCCUUUCCUGAUGUGACGCAUUGUAGAGAGAGAAGUGGUAGGGGCAGUGUUUGUGGCCUCACCUUGUCUGCUGCCCAGAGCCCUGGAUGGAACCUGCACCUCUGGCCAAUGCACUUCACUGGGCACCAAUUCCCAAGUCUAAGCCACCCUGGGCGGCAGCUCCAGUGAAGAAGUGACUCUUCUUUUCUGAGGCAGCACUACCUCUGCUGCCAUGCCCAGCAGGUGACUCAUAGGCACCUCUCUUCGGGCCCAUGGGGUUGUGGCCUUUGUCCACUCUUAGUCGUUGUUUCUCGAGCAGAGCAGUUCCUAGUGGACUGUACGUGGGAGCCAGGGCUGUGCGUCUACAAGGUGAAAGGCCACCCUUUCUGAGCCUCAUGCUGGGACUUAGGCCCUGAGGUUACAAAAGAAGGGAAGACAGAGGUGAGUGGCUCUGCUUCUUUAGGAUGUCAUCCAAGGCUGGACGUGCUUUCUGGAGACCUGCCUGUGCGCCAUCUCCAGUGGUAACAAAGGUGCUGACUCCUUCCUUCCUCUGGCUGUGCCCCGUAGCUCAGCAUGUAGCUGGGCUUUUUGCAGGUCACUGGGUAGCAGCUGUGCUGGGUGACCACAGGGUUGGGAAAGGACACAAGGCUGACUUGUCUCUGAACAGCCUUGGACUCAUUUCUCCUCCCAAGAGAACUUCCUUCUUGUGACAGUGUGCAUGGAGGCCAGAAGCGUUUCUGAACCGUGGGGAGCUCGCUCAGUCCUUCCUUCAGAGACUGCUCUGGAAAUGGGCAGCAGACAGUCCCCUUUGCCCAUGUGAUAGAGGUAGGGAUGUCACAGGCACACACUGAAGUGCUGGGUGUGUGCACGAGUGUGGGGUGUGGUUGUGAAUGUGUGCACAGUGGCAGUGCGGCCAUUUCUAGGGACCACAGAGACCUUUGCACUCUGCCCUUAAAUAACUGCAGUGAUGAUGCUGAAGCUUCCUCUCACUUUCAUGCUCAGCGAGCGGGAGAACAGGUGUCUUCCAAAUUGGCCCUUGUGUGACCUGGUUAGGCCCUGAGGUACAGUCACAUGGCCCUUCAUCCUGCAUCUUGCCUGGGCACUGCAGCUGUUUCAGUGUAGGUGACUUGAAGACCAGGGAAAGGGUAAAGUGAUUCCAGAAGGGGCCAAGGAUGCAGUUGUUUGGGGAGAAAGUGAGCAAUAAGGAGAAGGUGGGUCCUGUUUCUCGAUUUGCUGGCUGACCAGGUACCCUGACCAGCUGUGGUGGUGGACUCAGUCCCUGAGCUCCCGGCCUGUCUCUCUCAGCUUUUCUCAGGGACAUGGGUCUGAGAAGCCCUUCCGAGAAGGGCUCCAUGGGAAGGAUGCUUCGUUUCACAGGGUGUGUAGGAUCUGCGUGCUCUUUGAAGAGGGGGCCUGUGUCCCAUGAUUGUACUUAUGGAUGGGUCUCAAGCAGGGGUGGGUUCCAUGAGUCACCAUCAAUGUUUUUCAAUGCUUUCUGUCUUUGUUUUUGACUUAUGAUCUAAAAUAUUUGGGACUGAACUGAUUUCGGCUGUUUUCCUGUGCCCUUUUCAUGCAGAGGAAGACCAGUAGGAUUCUGAUAUGGAAUUUCUCACUAAGGCUUUUUUUGUUGUUGUUUUUUUCUUUCAAGGUUGACAAAAUAGCUUCAGGGAGGAAACAGACUUCACAGAGCAUCAGAGUGACUUUGUCACUUCCUAGGACUAGAAUCCAGGGCCAAGGUGUGCAUGGCUGGAGCUGUUUCUUCCAUCUCUGUUAGAAAAAGCCUUUUAGGGGAUUGGGGUGGGCUAGGGGAAAGAACUGUACAUAAAGUACAUUUUAUUGUUAUACAGAGAAACACAGGGAAAGAAAAACUAAUGGUUAAUCUUGGGCUUGCUUUGCUUGCAUGUGACAGAGCUUUGGGGGGCAUCACAGGGAUUGUUGGGGGCAGCAGGAAGACAGAGGUGGGAGAGUGCCUGGGGGCUCCCAGAGUGUGUCCUGGCUCCCUCUGGGAAGCAGGCAUCCUUGGUCCAACUCUGCCUUUCUAUCUUCUUCCAAAAUAAAGGCUAGAGGCUGGAGGCUCAGAGCCCCAUGGGCUGCAUUGCUCCUUUGAGGUGGGAGGUCAGGAGUGUCUGUGUCCAGGUCUACAUUAAAUAAGGUAAUUGACCUUAUUACCUUAUUUAGGAAAGGGGGUUGGAGAGUUGAGGUGUGGAGAGGCAGUUAGCUUCUUUGCCAUGUUUCUGUAAGGCUGGAAGGGGAGGAGACUGCUAGGUUGGCCCUGGGGUAGGUAGCGGGGAUGCUGGGAUGUGACAGUAAGGCCAAAGCCAGGGACAUCGAGCCUCACCUUUUCCUCUGGUCAUGUGCUAACACAGUGCACAGGGUGCAGUGUGCAAUCUGGGAAAAGAAAGGAGAGACUACCCUGGGGUGGGGUGGGCUGGGAGUGCAAGCAGUGAGAAGCACCAGGGGGCAGGUGUGUGUGGGGGUGAUGCAAUCACUGAAAGAAGUCUGUGGGGGUGGGUCUUGGCACGUAGACCUGGACUGGAUCCUGAAGGGAUCUUGAGUCUUAGCUGGACCUUCUCACUCCCUCUAGAAUCAGCCUAUGGCACUGAGUGACCAAACCAAGCCAGGGUGUGUUCUUUGUGAUGUCUGUCUCUGGGGGAUCCUCUGGCCCAAAGCAGGGAGACUUGCCUUCAGGUUUCCACUCUACCAGCAGUUCUGUGUCAGUGGAGAAAAAAGAUCUGAUCUCAUGAAUUCAUGUCUGUUCUCCUAAGCAGAAGGGCAGGUGGCCUCUUCUUCCUGUCCGUGAUCUGAAACCGAUCCUGAGACACUGUUGCUGGGGGUAAAGAGAAGGCACUAGGGCUUGGCUACUCCUGUCCUGCUGAGGGCCAGACUACUUCAGACCACAAACUACACAGUGGCUCUGUGCCUACAGCUUUUGUGCUCAUCUUCUCUUACUUUGUGAGGUUAAAGUCACCAGCUUGGAGGACACAGAAGGGUGAACAGUUUCACCCUGAAAUCAGCCAUUUCUCUGUCCUCUGUGUUGUCUCCAAAUCUGCCUCCUUUCAGAUCAAGAGGCAGAAUUAACAAUCUCUUCUUUAGAAGGAGUUGAUAAACCAAGAAUCAAAGCCCAGAUUGGACUUCAGCCCUGACUAGCAGUGAAUCUACACUGGCCCAAUGCUCUAUUCAGGGCCCCCCAUCUGUGCUUUCAAAUAAGUCUUUCAUGAGCAAAUACAAUAUCCCCACCAGUUGUUUUGUGUGUUGGGUUACUAAGAGGGUAGAAGUGUUUUCAUGACUUCGUUUUAAGCUAGAGUCUCAAUAGGUUGAGUUGGAUCCAAAGACACUCCCAUACACCCAGGGUUUCUGUGUGGGAUGAGGAAAAGUGAGGCAUAAGUGCAAACAUCAUUACUGGCCACCCAUACCUUCUAGACUAGCCAGAGCGUCUUGACUGUGAAAUACCGGUAGAACUGCAACCACGAAUGAAAUCACUUGGAUGGUCUCUUCUGUGGUGGAUCCGUAGAAGUAGUUAGUUCUGAAGAAGGCUGAUGAAAAGGUGACGCUUUGAUCACUGGCUCGGAGAGCUAGAUUGAGGGGUUAGAAGUGGUACAAGUUCUCAGUUCUUGUCCCUGGUUCCUUGCCACCUGUCUUUCCCACCCCACUAGAGGGUGGCAUGGACGGCUUUUGGGUCUUGAAGAAAUGUGCUCCACCCAUCCCUUUCCCCUCCCUGGCACUGGAUUCUUUGGAUUUAUUUUAGGAGACAGGCUAUGCUCUCCUUUCUGUCCCAUAUAGAUAUCAGUUAUCUCCCUUUCCUUCCUUAUCCUACUGCUUCAUGGCUCCAGGGAUCUUGACCUUGUGCAUGGUUUAUGAUGGAGAGUGGUUGGGUGGGAAGGGGAACCUGGAAGGGGCUUGGGCUGAGGAGAGAGGGGUUGCAUUUUCAGUCUUAGAAAGACUGCGAGCUUGCUUCUGGAUGAUGUAUGGGGUUUUCACAUACAUAGAAGGAAGGGGCAAAUGCCAACUCUCCUCGUAUUGGUAAUGAGGGCUUAGAGGCUUUUGCUUCCUCCUGGCUUAAGGCAUUUGAGAGAUCUUGUUCCUGGCAUGGAGAAUAGACCUCCUUGUGAUCAUCUUGCAGUCUGUGGAAGGGAAAUUAUCAAUCACUCUCAAUGAAUAUUUUUAUUGCCUACUGCAAACCAUUAGGGGUCUGUCAUGAGCAGACAGUGUCCUGGCUUGGGCAAAGAAGUGGGACUGUCUCACCUGUCCCUCUAUGGUCACCAGGCUAUCUCCCUGGUCUCUAGCCCUAGCUAGCUGUCUAUCCCAUUUUCCUUUCCUGGGCUCAGGAAGAAAGUGUGUGUGUCUAUGCCAGUGAACAUGCCUAUGGUAUGUGACGUCUGCAUGGUGUGUGUGUAUGGUGUGUUUGUGGUGUGUAUGGUAUGGUAUGUUUGUGGUAAGGUGUGUUUGUGAUGUGCUAUGUGUAUGUGUGGUAGGUUUGUGGCAUGUAUUUGAGUAUGUGUGUGUAUAAGAGGUUUGUAGGGACACACUAAUUUGCCUGAGUAGCCUCAGGCCUAGGAGACCCUCUUCAGUCAACUCUUUCUUUGCGAGGCAACUCCUGUUUUGGUAGGAGGGUGAAAUUAGUAAUGUACCAUCUUUAGCGUAUUUUUUAUGGAGACUGUACAUAGAAUUAUAUACAUAUAUAUAUAAUUUGUUCUAUUUUAAGGAGAGAGGGGAACUUAUGUUAGGGGGUGGGUGGGGUGCAGGGCUCCAAUGCAAUAGUCGAGGUUGGGAGGCUUCAGGUAGUGGGAUGUCUGGGGAGUGGGAGAUGGGAGGGGAGGAGACUAAAGCCGGGUAAGAAGAGUGGGGAAUCGUGCCCUUGGCACACAUAUAUAAAUAGAAAACCUAUAUAAAGUCUAUCUAUCUAGCUUGACUAUAUAUCUAUAUAUCUAUAUGAAGUCAUAGUUUGCUUUAUUUUUGUACCUGUGCUUAGAGAUGUUUGGAGCAGGACCACCUGGGGUGGCCUGGGAAUCUAGCUCAUGCCUUGAUGCCCCCUCCUACCCCAUCCUUCCUCCAUGCCGCAUCUUUUGAGUUGCCUGGGUCUUUCUGAUGGAAAUGUGUAUAUAUGAAAAUUUUAAAAAGUAACAAACAAUCCUCUUAUAGAAAGGACAAAUGAGCCAAGGGUUGUGGGUGCUACUGGAUCUGAUAGCCCUGGAGAGCCAGGAUUCAUGGCAUCUCUUGUCACUGGGAGGGGACACCAUGGCUUGAAAGCUUUGGCACAUGUGCUUCGUAUAGUGAGUGUGGAGAGCUAAAUACUCUGAGUCCGUCCUAGUACUGCUGGGGUGGUGCCCAGGCCCUUGGAAGGGCUCUGGCUUGGCAUCACUGAAAGGAAAGUUUACCUGGGGGCCGACAGCAGCACCUGUCCUGGCUGGCAACACCCUGACUGGAGCACCCCUGAGGGGUGUGGCAUCUCAAAAGAAUUUUGUGAGGCUGACUGCAUGGACUCAGUCUUGAAAAACAACUUGGUCAUUUUUGCUGCAGAUUCUUGGAACCAGUGUGGAUGUGAUAUCUGGUAUAAUCAUAUCAUAGAUGCUUUUUCCAGUUAUUAUUUUAAUUGGAAAGUAGGUGGCAUUGGAAUGGUCCAAUCCUGGGGUACUGGGUGGAGGAGGAGGAAUGAGAGGAGAACUCAAGGUGUGAUGAGAACCAUGGGGCCGGUGGAACUCCUUCUGGUACCUGGCCUGGGACAUCUAGAGCUCAACAGUGUGUUGGAAGGGCUUGACCCAGAGCUGGAGAUUCUGGGGAGUAGGUGCUCACUUGCAUUUGAGCAGGAAACCUUGUGUGCCCUGAAGAAUACCUCUCUGAGAACUUAAGACCUCACAUAUGCUGCAAGGACCAUGUACCUUGUGGCCUCAACAAUUGCCUCUGGGUGCUAGCUCUUUCUCUGACUUGCUAAGAGCUCAGAGUGAUGUGUCUGAAGCUGGCGCAGGGCCAGAUAGUGCAGGCAGCCAGGAGAGACUUGUGGCUGCAAUCCCUCUGUCUGCAUCCUGCUGGUCAACUGAAAAAAGGCAACACUAACUCCUCCUUCCCAACCAGAGUGUCAUGCUGGCUUUUGGAUACCUCAGCCAUAGGAGGGCUUUUUACAGUUUGGGGUAUUAUGCACAAAGUAGGUGGGGGCGGAGCUUAAGUUUGACUCCUGACCCUUCUGUGGGGACAGUCAUUGAGUCCCUGGCACACCUGCUCGAGACAGUUCCCAUUUCCCAAGGACACUGAAGGAAAAUGGGCUCUGUCCAUGCAUUACUGGGAGAGCUCCAACACUGGGUCCAACUGGCAUGUGUCUGUCCUUGGCAGGUGACUCCACUUUCCUAUGGUCUUCUCAGGAGGCCGAAGGAGCAUACAGCCAGAAGUUUCUUAUAUGAUUUUUCAGGGAGGUUGAUCAAGAGGAAAAGCAGCACAUUCAAUAGCCCUUCCUAGCUUGCCGCCUCUUCCAAACUGCCAAAGCCUCCACACCAAGAGGGCUUUCCAUUACCAUUAUUUUGGCUCUUAGAGUGACCCUCUCUCUCCACAGACCCUGUCCCAUUUGUGGUACCAUACAAACUGCAGGAUAAAUCACCUUAGCAUCAUAGGGCCCUCAUAGGGUCGUACUCCUCCUAGGUCUGGGGUUACUCUAAAACUCUGCUUCUUUCCACAUGAAACCCCAGGCUUGGUCUCUAGCAUCAAGUUAUACAAGAGCAAGAGUCACUGACCCAUGCAUCCCCAUCCCAUCCUUCAACCUCCAACUGGACUCUUCAUCUAUGGGAAGAAAAGUGAACAAGGGGCAUAGCUCCUAUCUUGAAAUUCUGGAGUCUGGAGGGGAUGUAAUGUUUAUCUCUACCCUUUCCAUGAUCCUGGUUCUUAGCCCCAGAAGGACGGUGAAAGGGUAGACACUGGCACGAAAGGACAGACAGCCCAGCCAAGAACUUCAGUUUCUCUGAAGAGCCAGCCUUUUGCAGACAAAAAUGCAUUGAGAUCUGAUUAUAUGUGGGGUAAGCACAACUUCCUACCUUUGAACUUCUCAGUUAAUGGGAUAGGUUGGUGGGACGGGUGCUCUGAUUAGGUCUUAGAGGCCCGUAGCUACUAUCAGGAACAGGAGCUGUCCCAUGUGUUUGUGCCACACUCCUCGUUCCCACUGUGGUGGAAGGGAUGUUGACUUUUGGUGCUUUCCCCUUUUGGUAGGUGGUGGUGGUGGGGUCUAUAGAGUUGUUUCAGUUUUGCUACCUCUGCUCUAUGGAACAAGAGUUUGGAGUAGACAGAUUCACUGCAAGCUGCUCACCCAAGGAUCAAUGUGGGCCAUAACAUUUCCCAUUGGUCAUCAAGCAGUGACUUGGGGAAGAGGGGUCUGUCCAUUGCUCUUUGGCCCUUCCACUCCUCUUUGAUGUAGGUGUUCAUGUUAACCCAUUCUGGGCAACAUCAGAGCAGGAGGUGGGAGAACAGGAGAACCCACAUAGCACACUCCCUGCCCCUAAGGGACUGGCCCUGAUACUGGCACAUGGGAAUCUCUUCUGUGCUGCUGUGCCAGGGCUUAGAGAGGGGAUGCUCUGUGCAGUGGUCUUGAUCGCUGGGACCUUAGACUCAUUCGCUGGUUUAGGGAAGAAUAGCAGCUUAAAGCUCCACUUGCCAAGCCACAUACAUCGAUCUUAAAAGGUCUAAAUGCCUCAUUCAGAUUUCCUUUCUGAAUUACCAUCUGUGGGGCCAGAGAUAGAGGGUGCAGAUGGGUGUGCUUUCACCAGUUGCUCCUUCUUUUCUGCAGCCACUGACCUGGAAGGAGUCCAUCAGCUUCAUGUCAGUGCCACCCAGUUCCGCUUGUCUCCAACUUUUUCUCUUCUACUGGAGAGACUUUAUCACCCUGGGUAUAAUUCUUCCAUCUCACAUCUUGGAAGCAAUGUGUAUGGAUUUUUUUUUCCCAUUUCACCCAGUGGUCUGUAGACAUACAGAGGGUGGGCUGGGAGGGGUCUGAUGCCACUUCCCAAGGCCCCGUUGGCUCCGUACCUCUGGAUGCCUAGCGGCCUCUUGGAUUAGCUCUUUUCUGAGGGAUCUGGGUAUGACCCUCAGUUUGGUUGUGGGAGUUCUUGCUCUCAUGGCAAACUUUUUUUCUUCUUUAACUUUCUUUGGGGGUUGCCCCCAUCCAUGCCUGGUCUUCUUGUGAGACCUUCCAAACCUCGUCUCCAUUUCUUGAAUGUCGAGUACUACAACGUAACUGCGCUAGGGUGCUUUAUGGUGCUGUUCUUGAAGAGGCCAGCUGGACUGAACCUCCUUUGUCCCACUGGUUCCUUCAAUCUUGCUGUAUUUUGUCUUCUAUUUGAUUUUUUCCCCUCGGGGUUUGGGGUGGGAGACGCAGGGGUGGCUUUUGUGUUCUCUUUCUUCUGUAUGUAUGGACUGGCUAAAGUCAGUUAUCAUGGGCAGCUGACUUCAUGGUAUUGGUUGGCUGACUUUGGUUAACUAUUAAAGACAAACCAACAAAUUGUACAGCUGCACACAAACACCUUUGAGUGUGAAUCUGAAUGGCAACUAGAGGCUUACUUUUUGAACUUCAGGUAUGUAACUCAAAAGUAAAUAAAAACACUAUUUUUUCAGUAAGCUUUUUUUUUUUCUUCUAAGAGACAACUUAGAACUCAAAUGAUAAGAACAUUUAAUCGGUGCUGUACCAAAGCCUUAUAUGAACAUAUUCUACACUCUGUACAACCUGUCUCUGGUGAGCGCCCUGCUCUGUCACCUCUUUUCAAAAGCCUGGGAAUGCCAGCAUGUGCCAAGCCUGGGGCUGGGUCUGGGGACCUGUGGGCCAGGGAGACCCCUUGGAACAGAGGAUGAUGAUAAGAUGGGACACAGUUCUGUUUCCUGAGUGGAUUCAGGAAAGACACCAGGCAUGAGUGUGUGUGUGCGUGUGUGUGUGCAUGUGUGCGUGUGUGUGCACUGUGUAGGGGCUGAGGUGUAUGUACACAUGUGUGGGUGUGCCACAGGUGCACAGUGCCAAAGUGGAUGCACCAACUGGGGGCCUGAAGGGGAGGCCCAGCUGGCUCUGGGAGUGGGCUGGUUGUAAUGAGAGGGGAGGGUGUCCUCCUCUGUUUCCUGUCUCCUUCCUUUUCCUGUCAUGGGAUGGAGGUUUAUGGAAACAGCUACACUCUCAACCAGGUGCUUUCAAAAUCUCCAAAGUCUAAGCACUUACAAAGGGCCUGUCCAAGAGACAGGCACUUUCAACCACCAAAUUACAGACUGUCAGGAUAGGGAGGAACUUUUCUCCUCCCCACAUCCUGCUUGCUUUUCUGGAGAGGGAGUUCCUCCUGCAGGGCCCCCUGACCUCCGGUCCAGGGCCUAGGCCUGUUCUAGCUGCCACCCCUCCAGGCUGUCCAACCUUUUCCUUCCCAAUCCACCAAGAAGACCUGGCUGGAGGUGCCCCUCAGCCACACUUGCUCUGUGGCCUAAGCAAUAACGCCUGCCCUGCCUACCACAGACAGUAACCUUUGGCCUUAGACUCUUGCCAGUUGAAAGCUGAGUGACAGCCCAAACCCAGUUAGGAGAGGACCUGUGGCCAGCCUUGGCUCAAGGCACUGUGCCAGGCUCCCCUCGCUGGCAUUUCCAGGCUUGCCAGAUACUAACCAAUGCAUCGCCAGUAACACUGCAUGUUCAUAUAGUAAGUUAAAGAGCAAAACAAGCCAACACGGAUAUGGGCAAACAAGCAAAGGGAGAAAAAAGGGCACAUCAGGAGACAAGAUGUGUAGCCAGUGAAGGUAUGCUGGGAGUGUUGCAAGUUAAACUAUUAAAAAAGAUUAGGAUUUAAUUGCUUCUCAUGUAACAUUACUCUGCUUCAGAAAUGUUUUGUAUUUUGAUAUAAAUAAACAUUUGCUAAAAAAGU